AUAGCAAUCUCCCCCAUUGAAUGGGAUGAUGAUAUUAUAAUACGGCAGCAGCAGCAGCAGCAGCAGCAGGGUCCUGUGAUCUAUCUCAUCUCUGGAUCUUCCCGAGCAAGGAAAAGGAAAAGGAAAGGUAGAGUGAUUGAAAUGAGGCCUCAAAUAGUGUUAUUCGGUGACUCUAUCACGGAACAAUCCUUCAGACCAGAUGGAUGGGGUUCAUCUCUUGCCGAUAAAUACUCUCGCAAGGCCGAUAUAUUGGUUCGUGGAUAUAGUGGCUACAAUACCCGCUGGGCUUUAUUCUUGCUGCAUCACCUCUUUCCUUUGGGAACAACAAUAUCUCCUGUUGCCACCACGAUAUUUUUUGGAGCUAAUGAUGCAGCGCUUUUCGAAAGGACGAGUCAAAGACAACAUGUUCCUCUUGGGGAGUACAAAGAGAAUCUAAAGAAAAUUGUUCAACAUAUGAAGGAUUGUUCCCCUUCCAUGCUUGUUAUACUCAUCACCCCUCCACCAAUUGAUGAAGAAGGGCGCAUGCAAUUUGCAAGAUUGCAAUACGGUAACAAUGCAAUGGAACAACCAGAAAGAACAAAUGAGGUUGCAGGAAGUUAUGCAAAAGCAUGUGUUGAAUUGGCCAAUGAACUUGGUCUUCCCUCCAUCAACUUGUGGUCUAAGAUGCAAGAAACCGAAGGAUGGCAAAAGAAGUUUCUUAGUGAUGGGCUGCAUCUUACAGCAGAGGGGAAUGCAGUUGUUUAUAAGGAAGUUGUAAGGGUUUUCGAAAGAGCAUUGCUUAAUGCUGAAGAGAUGCCAUAUGAUUUUCCUCACCACUCUGCCAUAGAUAGUAAAAACCCUGAACUAGCCUUCCACCCAGCCUGCAAUAUCUUAUCUCCUUGACAUCUUUAAUUAAACUGAAUUUCAUUUUCACGAGACACCCCUCCCACUCCAUUACAUAAAUCUCAUUUCAUAAUUUAUUCCAUUUCUCAUUAUUACUAUUAUUAUUUAUUUAUUUAUUUAUUAUAAAUGGUCCUGGUGUUACUAUUAUUACUUAUAGACUAGUUCUCAACUUGCUUGUGUGUUAUUAUGAUAUCUACCCAUUUUUAAUUUGAUUUUUGAGUUAUUUGAAAACUGAUACUUUUGUUCUAG